CGUCCAGCUUUUGUUUCCGGGUCCAGAGGAGAGGAAAGAGGUACGGCUGUCAUAUGACUUUAACAAAAAUCGCUCUAGAGUCUCUCCAUUUGGAGUAAAUGUUGUCAUCACUGUAGCAGCAGAACGACAAGAAACGCCUUUACAAAUCUCAACACAAACUUCCUGACCGGCUCAUACCUCGACAGACAUGGCAGCCAAUGGGGCCAAAUGUGAACAGAAACGUGCGGGAGCCAAAGACAAACAGAAUGGCAAGGCCACAGACUCUUCGGUUAGAGAGCGGCGGCAGAGAGAUAAGGAGGACCGCCUGUCUCUGGUGGUCUGGAGGAGGCCCAUCACCACGCUUCACUACUUCCUCCUGGAGACUCUUAUCAAGCUAAAGGAGUGGACCGUUAAGCUUUGGCAACGACGAGGCGCCGUGUUCUUAGUUCUGUUGUUAUGUUCUCUGUUCUCCAUCGCCUACUCUACCGAGGGAACGCACCAACAAUAUGUUCAGCACCUGGAGAAGAGGUUCCUAUGGUGCGCCUACUGGGUAGGCCUUGGGAUCCUGUCCUCAGUCGGCCUUGGAACUGGCCUGCACACCUUCCUCCUCUAUCUGGGUCCUCACAUAGCAUCGGUCACUCUGGCGGCAUACGAGUGCAGCUCCACGGACUUCCCAGAGCCUCCGUACCCAGACCAGAUAGUCUGUCCCCAAGGCGGAGGGGUGGAGGGAAGCAUCUCCCUCUUCUCCAUCAUGUCCAAGGUCCGCCUGGAGGCCUGCAUGUGGGGGGCGGGGACCGCCAUCGGAGAGCUGCCUCCAUACUUCAUGGCCCGAGCGGCUCGUCAGUCGGGAGCGGAUCCAGAGGAUGAAGACUACGAGGAGUUUGAGGAGAUGCUGGAGCAGGCGGAGGGCGCUCAGGAUUUUGUCACAAGAGCCAAACUGGGAGUCCAGCAUAUGGUGCAGAAAGUUGGAUUCUUUGGGAUCUUGGCCUGCGCUUCGAUCCCCAACCCCCUCUUUGACCUGGCUGGAAUAACCUGCGGCCAUUUCAUGGUUCCUUUCUGGACCUUCUUUGGAGCAACCCUUAUUGGGAAAGCCAUCGUCAAGAUGCAUAUACAGAAACUAUUUGUCAUCAUCACCUUCAGCAAACACAUAGUAGAGCAGAUGGUGUCACUCAUUGGGUCUGUGCCCAGAGUGGGACCAUCACUCCAGAAGCCCUUCAGCCAGUACCUGGAAGCACAGAGGAACAAGCUGCACCAUGCUGGAGGAAGUGCACCAGCGGAUGAGAACUGGCUGUCGUGGGUGUUUGAGAAGGUGGUGCUGGUCAUGGUCUGCUACUUCGUCACUUCCAUCGUCAACUCCAUGGCCCAGAGCUACGCCAAGCGCCUGCAGCAGCAGAGGCACUCGGAGGAGAAGACCAAGUGAUGACGGGAUGAGGCGAGGCAAACAUCCAAGUGACUGUGUGUGUCUCAGCCACUUACUACUUAACACCGGACUCCCGCCUCCGGCCCCCCUCCCCCAUCCAUUCUCAAGAGGCCGACCACUCAAGAACCAGGCCCUAUUUGUCGGUGUGUGUGUGCGCGCUUGCUCAUGAAGGAUAAAUGUGCGGUUUAAAGUUUGUCCCUCUUCAGGUUUUGUAGUUCUUCCUCUCAUCUCACGGUCUGAUUGUGUGUGUAUGUUGUGCGAUUGGUUUUAUUGCUUUUCUUAAAGUGUUUGUUUAAAUUAACCCAUUUAUUGACCUCAGAUGUAAAGCAGCAGUCAGGUUGCUGUGUAGGUGCAGUGCCCAUCAGAUGCUAUGCCUUAUGCAAGACGGGGAGGUCUCACUUCCCUUCGAUAUAGUUAUCGACUUAUUAACUUAAUUUUUAUUUAAUUUUGUGACGUUUCCAUAUGGACAGAUCAUGACUCGUUUGUACAGUGUGCUGCCAACUGAACUGCUGUGGAUGGUGUUUCUUUUCAGGGUUUCAUUGUCAUGUUUAUGUCCUGUUUAACAUCGAGACCAGAUCAGUCUUUUUUUUUUUUUUUUUUUGGUCUCUGGAAUCGUUCUUUUUGAAAUGGUGGGGGGGAAAAAAAGAAGCAAUAUCAACUUAAAACAGUGUGGUAUUGAUGGUUAGCACAUUGUGUAAAUACCUUGAUCUCUUUGACAGUAUGCACAGAUGUAUUUCUAUUCUAAUGGUCUGUGUGGACAUGCGUUAACUUGAACCAAAAGAAAAAGGUUAUCAUUUGUAAAGUGACAUUUUACUCGGCUAACUAGAUCCAUUUCUAUUCUGUACAUUUAGGUUAAACCUUGGAUCAGAUCAUAUAUAAAACAUGUAAAUCAUU